UCCUUUUGGAUUUACAUAGAAAGCUUGAAAAAUUGGCUGAAACCUACCCAAUUGCUCUUGAUGGUCCAUUGCUCUUGAAAGAUAAGGAAUUAGACUUGGGAGCAAAUGAACCUAAAGUAGAUCUUAAUGAAGGAAUUAAAUUUCAUCAAAUGAAAGACUAUGAAAAUGCAUGGGAUUGUUUUGAAGAAAAUGCUAAGCUUGGUAAUCCAAUAGCAAAAUAUUGGCAAGGAUAUUAUUUAUAUAAUGGAUAUUUAAAAAUAGAUAAAGAACUUGCAUAUAAACUUUUCAAAGAAGUUGCAGAUGAUAAUGACAUUGAAGAAUAUCAAGGUACAGUUUCUGAUGACCAAUAUCAGAAUGCAAUUUCUGAUGCACCAUAUCGAUAUGCAGUUUCAUUACUUAAUGAUGCAAGUAAAAGAGUAGAAAAUCGGGAUAAAAUUAUACAUUAUCUAGAAUUAGCAAAAGAAAAUAAUAAUCCUGAGGCAAUGUAUCUUUUGGGAGAUAUUUAUGUGAAUGGAAAACUUCAAAUGGAAAAGGAUAUAAAGCUAGGAUUAGAAUAUUUAAAUUUAACUUUAAAACAUAAUGGUCCAAGUAGGGGAGAUGCAAUUAAUUUAUUGAAAAAGUUUAGUGAAAAAAGUUAA